AAUGCUGAAGAUGGCAUCGAGCAAUGCAGUUAUGAAGAGCGAUAAAGAUGUAUAUUUAAUGCUUUAGCAUUUUUUAUCUUCUUGACUCAUUCUUGAGUUACGUCACGUUCAGUAAAUAAGCUGAUCAGCUGGGUUACUGAGACUGAGAGACAGUCAAGUCAAGUGUAGUCACGAGAUAGUAAAUCACCAACAAAACAAAAACAAAACUUCUUUUUCGCAGCAUUUACAUCUUCUUAGAAAAGGAAGAACUUGAUUAAAACAGACAUCAUGUCGAUUGCUAACAUGGAAAAGCACCUCUUUAAUCUUAAGUUUGCUGCCAAGGAGUUGGAACGGCAGUCAAAGAAAAGUGAAAAGGAAGAGAAAGCAGAGAAGGUCAAGUUGAAGAAGGCCAUAGCUAAGGGAAACAUGGAUGGGGCAAGGAUUCAUGCUGAAAAUUCUAUCCGAAACAAGAGUCAGGCACUUAAUUACUUGCGCAUGGCUGCUAGGGUAGAUGCUGUAGCCUCUCGAGUGCAGACAGCUGUUACCCAGCGUAAAGUAACACAGAGCAUGGCUGGUGUAGUAAAGAAUCUGGAUGCUGCUAUGAAGAGCAUGAAUUUAGAAAAGAUUUCGGCACUCAUGGAUAAAUUUGAACAUCAGUUUGAGGAUCUUGAUGUACAGAGUUCUUACAUGGACACGGCUAUGAGCCAGACAACCACAACUGCCGUUCCACAGGAUGCUGUAAAUGGGCUUAUGACUCAGGUUGCAGAUGAAGCUGGAUUGGAGCUAAAUAUGGAGCUUCCAACUGGAGGAACAUCGACAGUGGGUGUAUCUGCCACACAAGCCAGCCAGGACCAGGAUGAACUUACUCAGAGAUUAGCCAAACUGAGAAAUGCCUGAGGUCUCUGUUGGUGCCUUUAUAUUUCAUUUAUUCCAGGAUAUUGUGUACCUGCAUAUGUUAAUCAUAUUAUCCUGGUAAAUCCUGAAAACUCACUGGUUUUGUAUGUCCAAUGAUGAGAGUUUGGCUUUUGCAAGUUUUAUACCAUUUAUUUUUUCAAUAAAACAUCUUUCUGAAUGUAAGAUGAAGACAUAUAACUUUUUUCACAGAUUUAUAUUUUGCAGAUAACAUUAAUUUGUUAAUUUUGAUUUAUUUUACAUUUUUGUUAUGUUCUUACAAGAACUGUAGUUUAAAAAGCUGUUUAUUGUGCAGUAAUACUUCGCUUUAAUGGCCUUCAAGAAGUUUGGGUAGUUAUGUUAUUGAUGCAUGUCUGCGAUAGGGUAUUUUGUCUGAGAUAAGUUAAUUUGUUAUUUAUGAAUUGUACUGUAUAUUAUAAAUUCUUUGCUUUUAACUACAUUACUGUUCAUGUAAAAAAGAAACAGAUGCCUGUACUUGAUUACAUUGAAAAUUUAUUUAACAUUCAACCUGUAGUUGAAUGUAGGAUACUGUAGUUAAUUUAUGCUGUCUGCUUUCAAGUUGCCAUUAAGAGGAAGUACUACUGUUGUAAAUAUAAAAAGAAUCAGAUGAGUAGGGUAAAUUUUUGGCCAUUUUUUUUUUAAGUGAUGUCCUAUAAUUUAUGUAGAGUAUACUAUAAUACAUAUAUAUAUAUAUAUAUAUAUAUAUAUAUAUAUAUAUAUAUAUAUAUAUAUAUAUAUAUCAUGUUAAAAUAAAAGAUAGAUGAUUUAUUUGAAAAAAAUGCAAAUAUUGAAGUACAGUGAAAAAAUGUUUGAAAGUUGAAUGUAAAUUUAUUUUUUGAGAUACAGCCCUUUCUUUGUACCAUUUAAAGUGUACUUGUCUCAUUACUAACCAUUAGAAAUAAUGAGUUUUUGUUUCAAUAGUGGUAUUCUACUAUUCUCAAGCAAUUUAUUAGCUAGCUGUUUGAUGCCAAAUAGCACUUAAUAAAUUAUAAAGUAAAAAAUAUACUACUGAAUUUUGUAUUUUCUGAGGUAUGGCAAGGAAAAUUCUCUUGAGCCACUUUUAAGUAGCAUGGAUAUCAAGUUUGUCCAGUACCAUAUCUAUUAUCCAGGGACAAUUUGAUGCUUUGUAAAUAAGAAGAUGGGUUCGUAUUUUACUAGUUAUUGGGUAAUUUUUAGUCGUGUUUUGUAUGAUUUAUUACGGUAUCUUUUAGUAGUCUAAUGAUAAUUUUGUUUCAGCUCAGUGGUUUGGCUGAACUGUCAGAUAAAUUUAUGGUGGGGAAAUUUAUUAGCAUCUUUCCCAGCAGUGCUCCUCUUCAUAUAGAUCUUUGGCUAAUUUAACUAGUUUCUAGAAAGUGUCUCAGUUUCUGUUAGAGUAUUAGGAAAAACUGCCCGUGUUGAAAUUUUGACCCCAAGUCCAUCGGUGUAUUACAUAUACACUUUGCCUGUUUAGAACAACAUUAUCAUGAUUGGUCAUGUUUAAAUAUGCAAUACGGUUUUGAUUUUUAAAGGUUGUUUGCAGGAAUUUACUACAUUCAUAAAACUUGGAAUUUGCUCAAUACCUAACACUUACUUUUUCACUGGUAAAAUUUAUAUUUUCGUUCAGCACCAAUAGAACUAAAUUUUUCCAAUAAGUUCUCAAACCACUGAGUGAGCUAACCAAAUGUUCUCAGUACAGUGAAGGGUUUUUAUAAAGGAAAUAAAGCUUGAUGAUUCUCUGAAAAUAUUUACUGGUGUUGUGGUACAGACUGAAAUUAUGAUCUGAAGUGUGAUGAUUAAAGAAGUUUUUGUUAAAGUGGAAAGGUGUCAUUUUAUGUAAUUACAAUAAAGUGGAAAGGAAUGUAUAUGAAUCCCAAGGCUUGAUUGAGUGUUGUGGCAACAAAUAUUUUGUCUCAAUUUGUACUGUAUUUUGGAUUAGAGUUUGUUUUUAUAGGACUGGGCAAAGCCUCCUGAUAAAGGUAGCCCCUUUUUUAUAGGUGAUUGUGAGAUUUUUAGAGUACUUCAAGUGAAACUGGAAAGUUCACAGUUAUGAAAUAAAUUACAGUAGAGAUGAGAUUUAGAUUAAUAUUCCAAAUUCAUUAAUUUUGUUUUUGUUUUUGUGACACUGAAAUAAGUUAUUUCUCAGAUGGAGUUGUGAGGACUAUAUUACUUCUGCAACUUGUAGAUAAUAAUUCGAAGAUUAUUAAAAGGUCAAUUCCAA